CAGCUUUUAUUUACUUUACAAAUUUAAUUGUGCUAUGGAGAGGACCUGUUCAAGGGCAAUGUAUCGGACCCAUAAUGCAUUGUCAACUCUUAACCAUGUGUUAAAAUGUUAUCCGAAAGAAGACAGCAUAAAUGGGAGAGUUUUCAGAGUGCUGGGAAAUUUAUGUCAGCAUAAGAAAGGUUGGGCUGAUAUAAUCAUUAGUAGAAAGCCACAGAUUAUCACCCAUUUGUUAAAAGUAUUAUCUAGAGCCAGUAAAAAUACCGAAUUAAAAGAAAAUCAUUCUGAAGGUACUAUCCUGAUGACGCUCAUAAUUUUAAAAUAUUUAACUAAUAAAGAACAGCUCCUCAAGACGUUUCCAGUUUUAAAUACAAUUGGUUCUCUUUUCAUAAAAUCUAGUCAAGAAUGGCAAGAAAGCCAAACAAAUGAAACUGUUUUGAAUGCUUUAAUAACAAUAAUUUACCAAUUUUCAGUUUUAAAGAAUUAUUCCAUGGUAACAAAAUUAAAAUCUACUACUAACGGAAACGCUUUAAAAGAACUUGUUAACGUUUUGCUACUAUGUCCGAUAUCGAUCAUAAAAAUUAUUAUGAAUUUCAUCACUAUUAGCAAGUUGAAUUCAGAUUUACCUGUACUAGACAUUUGUAAUAAAUUUAUUGACGCAGUUGUCAAAAAUAUGGAUACAGAAGGUUUUAAAACUGAAUGUCUAGAUUAUAUCAAAUGCUUAUGCUACCUCCUUGAUCAUCCAGCGAAUAAAACUGCUCAGCAAUGUGGAAAAACUAUCUCCAUACUAAUUCAGGCUCUUGAAAAAUUGAACAAGCCCACAGAUUUAGAGCUUGAAUGCUGUGUUCUAUUGGUUAACACCCUAAAUAAAUGUCAGUAUGCGGAGUAUCUUGUCCAGGAGCAGUUGCAAUGCAAUAUUUUGGAUGUCGUAAUAAAAAAGUUGGAAUGGGUCGUAGACAACACAGUUAUUAUGAAUACUCAUGAUUUUAAUAUUGUGUUGAAAUGGAAAUUGACCUUUGAUUAUGCCGAACUAUAUCCUGAAGGGUCGUUUUCUGUGAAACGGAAAUUGUGUUCUUGUUGUCUGGAGAUUUUAGAUUUGAGGAAUUUUGAUUGUCCUAUGUCGCAUGGUACUCCUGCUUCAAAACGAUUAGGGUAUCCCAGUGAAGAUGAUGAAGACAAUGAUGAUGAUGUUGAUGACAUUGAUUACGAUGACGAUGAAGAUGAAGACAGUGGUCAAAAUCCCGUUUCUACCGACAAGAAACUUGCCUAUUUUACAGUUGUUACAAAGGAUGAUAGAUGUCUUAGUCCAUGUUCAAGUACAGGUAGCGAUUAUGCAGCUUUGUCUUGGGCAUCACCAUGUUCUAGUCCUCGAUCGUUAGGCAACUAA